CAACAGACACCCUGGCCUCGCCGUAUUGGCCAACUUGAAUCGUCAUCUGCAAUUCUGAUUGGUCCCUCAAGAGCUUUCUUUUUUUUUUUUUUUUUCAAUUGGCGAAGCUGCCAGAGGAUUUCCGCCCACCCCACGGUUGGUCCACUGGGGAGGCUGGAGAGGCGGGGUCGUUUCUGCGGGAUUACUUUUCCGGGGCCGCUUCUGAUUGGGCGGCGUGGAGCAAUGCGCGCCACCAUUUAGACACCAAGCUGUCGGGAGGCCUGACCCUGCACUCUCCCUACUCCCCGCCGGUAAAUCGAAGCCCAGCGGGGAGACUUCGGGUUCGGCCACUUGCUGGGGGCGAGGGGCUGGCCGCGGGGCAUGCGAGGCUUGCAUGAGCGGCGGUGCGGCCGCGUCACCCUCGGGCUGUUUGGGGUGCACGGACCGCAUUCACCUCGGUUCCCCAACUCCUGGCCCGGAGGUCAACAAAUGCUGGUUGAAUAAGUGCGAACAAAGAGCUGGGAUGGAGGCAAGCCCUCUAGACCUCGUUUAGCAGUUGUCCCCGCCUUACUCCCUUCCAUUUCCAGGUCAGGGAGGUGUGUCCGAAGGAAAGAAGGAAGCAAAUUCCGCUGGCCUUUGCACGCCGGCCACAAUUUUAUAGUACGGCCUUCGCUUUUUCGUGCAGUCUCCUCCCCCCGGAGUCGCCGCUUUAGGAAAUAAAUUAAUCUCUGGCUUUACUCUUCCACGUCCUCUCCCUGAUCAAUGCCCUGCACUUCUAGAGAUUGAAAAAUAACUGCAGAGAAGAAAGGAAGGGGCUGUAGUAGAAUCAAGGAAACAUUCCCUGAGAGGCCUCCUGGAGAAGGAGAAUUUCCUGCUUUUUUAAGUCGGCUACCAAAAUCGGUUAUUUCGCUCCUAUCCCCAGAGCUUCGGUUGCUCUUUCACUUCCCAAUUCCUCAAGAGCACUGGGCGACAAAGUUAUGGAGAAGCGCCUGCAGGAGGCCCAGCUGUACAAGGAGAAAGGGAACCAAUGUUACCGGGAAGGGAAGUACCGAGAUGCUGUGAGUGGGUACCAUCGAGCUCUGCUGCAGCUGCGGGGUCUGGAUCCAAGUCUGCCCUCCCCGAUACCUAAUCUGGGACCCCAGGGCCCGGCCCUCACACCUGAACAAGAAAACGUACUGCGCACCACCCAGACAGACUGCUACAACAACCUAGCUGCCUGUCUUCUUCAGAUGGAGCCAGUAAACUACGAACGGGUGAAAGAAUACAGUCAGAAAGUCCUGGAGCGACAGCCUGAUAAUGCCAAGGCCUUGUAUCGGGCUGGAGUGGCCUUUUUCCACCUGCAGGACUAUGACCAGGCUCGGCAUUACCUCAUGGCCGCUGUCAACAGGCAACCAAAAGGGAAAAAGAAUAUUGUGAAGAGAAUGACAGACUCAUUCCUGUGUUGGUGGUUCAGCACUGAAAAUUGUCUCCCGUUUUGCAUUCUGGCUUAGAGCGGCUACUGAAACGCCAGUGUCCGGCGGUACCUUCAGCUAACGCAGUCGGAACUCAGCAGCUACCAUCGGAAAGAGAAGCAGCUCUACCUGGGCAUGUUUGGUUAGCAAAGAAGAAAGAUACCCCUCCACUGGAACUUCGGUGAACCAAUAAGGACCCAUCAAGGGGAAACCUGAGCCUCAGCAAGAGAAAUUAACCCCAUACCUCUGACUGAGGUGAACUUGUAUUUUGUUUCUAGUUCUGCACGAACUCUUUAUUGCUUACAUGGUCUGUGUCUGUUUUUGUUUCUCCAUCUAUGUAUUUAUACGGCUUUUAGUAUGUGGUAUUAUUAGGGAUAUUUGCCUUGAGAAAUACAAGCAGAAAACAUUCGUCAGUUAUGGGUGGAAUUAAUCAUAUCUUUGGCAUAGAUUUUAAUGAUAGAUGUUGGUAGAUGUAGUCCUAUACAAAGGAGAAGGCUAGCAGAGGAUGAAGUAAUAAGGAAGGCAGAAAGGAGUUUCUUCCUUCGUUUCCUCAGAUGUCCAAAGCCAAACUUACACAGGCCACAAACUGGCAAAUAUAUAUACUGUGAAACUAGACAAUUAUAAAUUGGGCCCACACGGCUCAGAAUGAAAGAUUUGAAAUUAACCAUCUUGACUAAAAUAAUUCCUUUGUCUUAAUGUUCCACAUACAUUCAGAUUCUUUUUCCCCCACAAAAGUAUCUAGUUCCUCUUGUUUCUCUUGGUAAUUUCUAGUCCUUGCUAUUGUUCACACUCAGAUCAUUAAUAUAGUAUACUUAUUUAUUUUUUUAUUAAACCCUUCUGUCUUAAAACUUCUGGAGUCAAGCAUUUAAGUAUAUAUUUUGUAAUCUUUUAAAAGCUCUCAUGCCAAAAAAACACUCGUAAACAUUUUAAUUUUUAAUAGGUGCAUAUCUAUAGUAUGCUCAUUUCUCUAAAAAAACAUAGGAAAGACAGUUUACCAAGUCUUCUAGAAACAAUACCAUAAAAGAACAGGAUAAAAACAUAGAUCUGUUCUUUACUUGUUACCCGCCCCCUUGUAUUUCGCAGGAGCUCACUUCCUUAAAGAGGAAGGAAACAGUGAGAAAAGGUUCUCUUCCCUUAGGGCCUUUUAAGCACCAACGAACUUUCUGGAAGAUUUUUUGGGCAUGGGUGCAGGCGCAGAUCUGGUGCAGUCAUGGCUCAGUAUGAGGCUUCAUCAACCGGGAGCUCUUUUGUCAUUCUGCUAAUGUCCACAAUGUAUGAGUUGUACAGAGUAGAUAAGACCAUAAUAGCACUGCUUCUACCUUUAUGAGUGAAGGUAAUAAGCAUGUAUCAUUAGCCAUCAUACACAGACAGAUUUCAGACAAAAACCCCUUAAUCUUGCCAAGUGUACACAAGCUCUUCUCCCUUUAUAAGUAAUGCCUCUCUCUCAACGAGCUAGGCUCCUCUUUGAGUCUCCCUGUACCCUUAAAUAAUACAGCCACCAACUUACAAACAAAAAGUUUUCAUACCAAAUAAUCUUUUAAGUCCAAGGACAGAACUAACAAAAGUGGAAUAUUUUAUUCCUCUUCCAAGUUUCUUAAAUUUCUAAGCCUAGACUGUUGCCAGAUUAUGUCAUGCAUGGUUGUGUGUUAUGUUUGUUUGGGGUUGGUUUUGCUUUCUGAUUUUCUUUUUUUCCCCUAAGACUUGCUGUUACAGUAAGCUAUGUUCUGCAUCAAUGAGGAAAAAAUAAAACUGAUAUUUAAAAAUG